ACAGAAGCCCCCUCGCCGCGUACACAGAAAGGAACCUCCGAGUCUUCCGCCGCAGCAGCACCUCUCCUCCCUUGUCGCCGCCGCCGCCGAAGAGCAUACGGGGAGGCGCGCAUGGCGGGGGCUUCGCUGGAGGGUGGCGCGCUAAAUGCCGCGGCUGAGCGGGUGGGGCUGUACUGGUCGACUCAGGCCAUCCUGCUCGUCGGCGAAGGGGACUUCUCCUUCGCCCUGGCUCUCGCCACCGGGUUCGGCUCCGGCGCCAACCUCGUCGUCACUUCCCUCGACGACUACGGUACUCUGACGAAGAAGUACAGGGGAGCAGAAUCGAAUUUGGCAAAGCUAAAGAAGAUGGGGGCAGUAAUUUUGCUUGGAGUUGAUGCAGGAAAGCUGGACUGUCAUGCUUAUCUGAGGACGAAACAGUUCGAUCGGAUUGUUUUCAACUUCCCCCAUGCUGGAUUCAGUUUCGGGUGGAAAGAAGACGACGAGCGUCUCAUCAAGGAACACCAAAAGGUAGUGAAGGCCUACUUCGAAAGCGCGAGCCGCCUCCUUUGUCCUGAAGGCGAAGUCCAUGUGAGCCACAAGAGAAAACACCCUUACUACAAGUGGGACCUUCUAAGACUUGCCGCGGAUUCUGAUCUUCAUCUGGUCUAUCAACCCUACUUCUGCAAAGAGGACUAUCCUGGCUAUAACAAUAAGAGAGGAGAUGGCAAGGAUUGCGAUGAACCUUUCAUGCUUGGGGUAUGUAGCACAUUCAUGUUCAGAAAGGGGUAUCUGAACAUGAUUGAAAGGCCUUCCCAUUCACUUCCAGUUGCUCCAAUGCGGCAGGGGUGUCACCCUUAUGUUCUGUUUAACAUGUAUGGCAUGUCGCCAGGCUCAGGAUUCCCACAAUAUGCUGCUGCUCAACCAGGAUAUGCUCUAGAAAAUGUUCCCCGGCAGAAUAGCAACAUGGCAGGUAUCAUACAACAGGACCAACUUUCACAUUGGAGAGGGCUGAUAGAGAAGUUUGGUAGACAUCCCACCUGAAGACUGAAGAUACUCUUCUGGCUUGAAAUUUGAGCUGCCGCUAGAAGAGCCUUGUGUGGGAAAGUUUAUAGUGCCAGGAUUUAGUUUGCCCUUUGAUAAAAUGCCACGCAUGGUGUCAUUGACAUAUGGCGACCCCACAUAUCAUUGACAUAAUGCGUGACAUUUUAUCAAAGACAAAGUAAAACGUGGCAAUUUUAUCAAAUAUCCAUACGAUAUCCUUUUUGUCGCCAGCAGGCAAAUAUUGAUUGCAACCAACGUUGUUUCCUCUAAAUCUGGUUGUAAACUCAGCAACAGUCAAAUUCUCUAUUUUUAGCAGCUCGGUGGUUAUACUUUUCAUGUCAUUCGGUAACUGGCUUAAAUUGUGAAGCAGGAAUUUUGCAAGCACUAGUUGCUUGUCCCUGUCUUAUUUUCAGUUUAUGUUUUCAUUUA